AUGUCGACAUCUUUAUUCUCUCCCCCUCCGCCCGGCAUCUACGAGUACACCGAGGUCCUCACGUUUCACUUUUCUGAUACCUCUGUUCCCCCAGCGCUCUCUGACGAAAGUACCGCCGUGGGGAAAGUAUGGGCAUCUACACUCAAGACAUAUCUUCGGCUAGAGCAAACCGGUAUAGUCUACUGGACCCUUAUACAUGGCUCUCCCCAGCGAGCCAAGUUAUUCAUCGACUGGAAGACGAGCCUUGGGAGAGAUCAAUUUCAGUCAAGCACCGAGUUGGAAAACCUUCGCAUGGCCUGGAGCUCCGUCACUUCAGCACCCUUUCACUCGAUUAUUUACCGUCUGCCAUGGGGCGGCCACAGAGGGCACCCAGGGAUGCACAGCUCAUAUGACACCGUGUCUAGCCUCUUCACCUUCGAUUUCUCCGUUACUCUUACAGACGAGGACAAGGAAAAACUGGACCACAUUCUUUCACAGUUUGCCAGAUCUGUUUUGCAGAGUCCCGGUGGUGUGGUGUCCUCAUAUUGCACCACUGGAUGGGAUGUGAAUAACACUUCUUGCUGCGGAAUAUUUCGCUAUAUAGGCAUCCAAGAAAUGCAGUCUUUCCUUCAGCAGAACCAGAUAUUCGACGAACUGCGGUCACUUGCUACCAACGGCACCGAGGUGGAGUUUAUGGAGGUGCGUUGCUAUGCGCAUGGAUGGCAAGGCUCAGUCGACAAAACUUAUCCCGAGAAUCCAGAGUCAGGGGCAUUCUUCGCGAGUAUGAGAGAACUGUCUCAAGCAAUUGGACCGCGUGAGCCGGGACGCCCGAUGUUUGGCUAG